CCGGCUCAGUCGCGGGCGAGCGGCGCGGGCGGCCGGAGUGCCAGGCAGGCCAUGGCCACCACCAGCACCACGGGCUCCACCCUGCUGCAGCCCCUCAGCAACGCCGUGCAGCUGCCCAUCGACCAGGUCAACUUUGUAGUGUGCCAACUCUUUGCCUUGCUAGCAGCCAUUUGGUUUCGAACUUACCUACAUUCAAGCAAAACUAGCUCUUUUAUAAGACAUGUCGUUGCUACCCUUUUGGGCCUUUAUCUUGCACUUUUUUGCUUUGGAUGGUAUGCCUUACAUUUUCUUGUACAAAGUGGAAUCUCCUACUGUAUCAUGAUCAUAAUAGGAGUGGAGAACAUGCACAAAUAUUGUUUUGUGUUUGCUUUGGGUUACCUCACAGUAUGCCAAAUUACUAGAGUCUAUAUCUUUGAUUAUGGACAAUAUUCUGCGGAUUUUUCAGGCCCAAUGAUGAUAAUUACCCAGAAGAUCACUAGUUUGGCUUACGAAAUUCAUGAUGGGAUGUUUCGAAAGGAAGAAGAGCUGACCCCGUCACAGAGAGGCUUAGCUGUGAGACGCAUGCCGAGCCUUCUGGAGUAUUUAAGUUACAACUGUAACUUCAUGGGUAUCCUGGCAGGCCCACUCUGCUCUUACAAAGACUACAUCACUUUCAUUGAAGGCAGAUCGUACCAUAUGACACAAUCAGGUGAACACGGAAAAGAAGAGAUACAGUAUGAAAAGACAGAGCCAUCUCCAAAUAUUGCAGUCAUUCAGAAGCUCUUAGUCUGUGGCCUUUCCUUGUUAUUUCACUUGACCGUCUCUAAGACGUUACCUGUGGACUAUAACAUUGACGAGCAUUUUCAAGCUACAGCUUCAUGGCCGACCAAGGUUAUCUAUCUAUACGUCUCUCUUUUGGCUGCCAGACCCAAAUACUAUUUUGCAUGGACGUUAGCUGACGCUAUCAAUAAUGCGGCGGGCUUUGGAUUCAGAGGAUACGACAAAAAUGGAGCAGCUCGUUGGGACUUAAUCUCCAACCUGAGAAUUCAGCAAAUAGAGAUGUCAACAAGUUUCAAGAUGUUUCUCGAUCAUUGGAAUAUUCAGACAGCUCUUUGGCUCAAAAGGGUGUGUUAUGAGCGCACCUCCUGGAGUCCAACCAUCCAGACGUUCAUCCUCUCUGCCAUUUGGCACGGGGUGUACCCAGGCUAUUACCUGACUUUUCUCACGGGAGUGGUGAUGACGUUGGCGGCACGAGCUGUGAGAAAUAACUUUAGACAUCAUUUCCUCGAACCUCCCCAACUUAAGCUAUUGUACGAUGUCAUGACGUGGAUAGUGACUCAGAUAGCGAUAAGUUACACAGUUGUGCCCUUCGUUCUUCUUUCUGUGAAGCCAUCAUUCAUGUUUUACAGCUCCUGGUAUUACAGCCUUCACUUUGCUGGUAUCUUAGUAUUAUUGUUGUUGCCGGUGAAAAAAACUCAAAGAGGAAAGAAUACACAUGAAAACGUUCAGCUGUCACGAUCCAAAAAGUUUGAUGAAAGAGAAAAUUCUUUGGGACAGAAUAGUUUUUCCACAACAAACAAUGUUUGCAAUCAGAAUCAAGAAAUAGCCUCUAGACAUUCAUCAUUAAAGCAAUGAUGGGGAAAGCACUCUGAUGGCUAUUUUUUGUAUGUUAACAGAAACCAAUCUUAGCACCUUUCAAGGGGUUUGUGUCUGUUGGGAAAGAGAUCACGUGGGGGGAAAUCGGACAGUUUUAGGUAGGGAACGCCCUGUAUACCAGCUUGAAAAUGGAGUGAAAGACCCCUCCCAUGCCAUGUCCCUGUGGGCCAUGCCUUAUCAAAAAUGUUUCCAUUAUUUCAAUGGGCACUCAGGACCUCAGCAUAUGUCCAUAGGGUCAUAAGUGUGCCCUGCUGCUGAAUGUAUGUUGUGUAUCCCAAGGCACUGAA